AUGUUCCUUAACUCAAAUUAUAUAUACCCACAUUCAUAUAUUGAAGCAACACAAGAUAAAUCAUACAAAAAUUACUUAAUUGAAUCAACUAUCACUGGAAGUCAAGGAUAUACAGGACCAAUUGGUCAUGAUCAUGGUGAAAAUAUUGUUCGAAAUGUAAAUAUUUCUAAUUCACAAGCAUCAUCGAUAAAUUCAGUCUACUCUAUUUCAGGAAAUUCAGAUUUAGAUUCAACUGUUUCAUAUUCAACAUUUAUUAAAAACAUUGCUGAUGAUGAAAGAUGUUUAUUACAUUAUAAAAAUGGAAAUCGAGUUAACCAUUGCAACAUCAUUUCAAAUGAAUGUUCAAUGACAUCAACAUAUUUUAAUGGAGUUAUUUAUGCAUCUUACUAUGUUAAAGUUUUUAUUACAGAAUGUAUUAUAUCAAACAACAAAGGAAAUUCUCUAUUUUUUGCAAAUAUUGAUGCUUCAAUUACAGUUUCUUCUUGUUUCAUUCCAUCAAAUAAUAUUUAUAGUUAUUACACAACAACAACAGGAGGUAAUGCAAAUUUUGAUAUUUCAAUAACUAAUUCACUUUAUUUUAAUAAUUCACAUAUAUCUACAGCACUUUGUUAUGCAGAUUAUCCAUUUUAUUAUUUGAUGAAUAUUACAACAGAAAAAACGAAAUAUAAAAUAAGAGAAGACACAACAAUCAAGGGAACAGUUUCAUUUGAUCGAAAUAAAGAAGAAUCAUUUACACUUGAAAUUUGGAUUGACAGUUAUUCAUCAACUCAACUUAAUAAAUUAAGUGGCUCUUCAACAUAUGAAUAUUCAAUCAACAUCCCGAGUGAAUUAUCAAUUGGAAAACACAAAAUUUAUUGCAAGUUUUCAGAUUCAAGAACAUUUGUAUCAAACACAGUUUCAGUUGAAUUUGAAUAUUUAUAUACAUUUUCACUUGAAUUAGAAAAUCUUGAAAGAAAACAAUACAACAAAACUAUUGACAAAGGUAUCAAAAUAAGAGGAAGUGGAAUUUAUUCUGAAGAUUUUUCUAUUAAUUGUAGUAUUGGUGAUAUCAAUAGUAUAUUCGACGGAACUCUAACUAAAAACGCAGCAACACAUAGUUUUACAUUUUCAGGUUCCUGUUUUAUUCCAAAUUCUAUUGUAGAAGAAAAUAACUAUUCAGUUACAGUUUGGGGAACAACAAUUAAUAGUGGUGAAACUACAUCACUACAAUCAAAAGAAUUUUAUUUCUAUCGAAACUAUCCAGUUCUUGAAGUUACUCCUCUCACAACACGUCGAUUCAUUCACAACAUUGACUCUAUUAUUUCAGUUUCCGGAUUUGUUUCGGAUCAAGAUUGUGAUGAUAUUGUUGUAGUCUACGUAUUUAUUGACGGAUAUCCAAAUAGUCAAACACAACAAUCAAUUUCAACAAUUUCUAUUCCAGAUUUAGAAAAACAUCAAUUCAACAUUUCUAUUUCUAUUCCAAACAAUCUUUCACGUGGUUCUCAUAAUCUUCUUAUUAAAUGUUGUGACAAAAAAGAUAAAUGUGUUUCAUCUAACAUAACAUUUUCAUACUCAUUCAAUGCUCCAAUCCUUAAUAUUACACAUAAACCAGCAUUUCCAGUUUUCAUCAACCAAUGUCACACUCUUGAAUUCUUUCUUUCAGUUUCAGACAAAGAUGGAAUGAGUUAUAUUCGAAUCUUCCAUGUUCUUAACAACACUCAAGGCAACAUUGUCAACAUCACUCUUUCUAAUGAUUCUCAACAUGAAACUCAAUAUUUCAUUCCUAUUCCAAAAGACAUCAAUGUUGGAAGUUGUUCUCUUAAAUUUUAUGCAGUUGAUGAAUAUGAUUUAAUCUCAGAUCAUCAAUUUAUCAAUGCUACAUUCGAGAAAUAUACUCAAGAUGAAUUAGAAGAACAACGAAAAAAAAAUAAUCAAAAACGAAUGAAUUUCCCUCCCUUUUUUUAUAUACUUUCAACUGAUUUGCUAUAA